CAGGCAGAUGCGAUCCAGCGGCUCCGGGGGCGGCAGCAGAGGUAGCAGCUGGCACAUCCCGUCACCGCUGUCCUGAGGGUCGCAUAGCACAGAGGCGCCUUUCGGCCGCCCUCUGCUCAGCCACCCGAAGCCGGGGCGGGGGCGGCUGCCGUUGGGUGAGGAGGGGCAGCAAGAUUUUGGGCUCUCUUGCCCGGAAUGCUUUCAUUCGGCUGCUGCCGCUGGGGCCGCUUCCGUGCCUGAGAAGUCUGAGCAUAGGAGACGCGGGAGAGCAAGGACGCUGCAAACUUGGCACCACGGCGGCUUGAGCCUCUGCUUCACAGUGCGGGGGCUUGAUUCAAGCCCAGAAGUUCAGCGAGCAUUGCAAUCCGCAGACUUCCCGCUGCGGAGGGUUGCAGGAGGGUGCGCGAGAAAGCAACCCCUGCCCCGGGUUUUCCCCUACACUAAGGGAGAGAAGCUCAGAAGCCAAGAGAAGCGCCCAGGAAGGAGCUAGGACACCAGAACGCUCGGAGCCAUCGUUCUCAGCUGGAAAGUUGCGGAGGAUUGGAGGCUGCUGGAGAGCAGACAGACCACAGCUCAAGCCGCGGGGGGCAGGAGAGGACGGCACCCUGCUGCCGCCUCCCUUCAACCAUAGUAGUUUCUCUUGUUCCGGAGCGCAGCAAGCUACAGACGAAGGCGCGGCACUCGUCUCUGGACGCCAGAGGCACAGGGUCCCAGCUGCUGAGCCCGAGGCGCUUAGGGUCUCUUGACACGCCCCAAGCUUCUAGCCCCAUUUUACUGAGACUCCUCCUUGCCUCCUAGCAGUUGGAGGAAAGCGAGAGAAUCGAGUGCCCGCAUAAUCCCCCAGAGAUCAGGUGGAAGGAGCCUUGCAGGACUAAGGACUAUUCGGAGACCCUUCUAAUUUGAGGGGAAGUGAAGGGCAAGGCUGGAUAGUGGGGAGUCUAGUAUAAACAACGCUUCUCUGGCGGGAUGGGAUCUUUAGAGCUCGUAGGGCUGCUGCUGCUGCUGCUGCUUUCAGUGGCAGCCUCGGGCUCAGGGACCGGUAUUGAGACCGAGACUGGGACCGGGACCGGGACCGGGACCGGCCAGCUCGUGGGCUCACCCGCCAUGGGGCCAGCUCUGCAGCCUCGGGAGCCGCUCAGCUACUCACGUCUGCAGAGGAAGAGCCUGGCGGUAGACUUUGUGGUGCCCUCGCUCUUCCGCGUCUAUGCCCGGGACCUGCUGCUGCCGCUUUCGUCUUGGUCGGAGUCGAGGGCUGGCCGGACGGAGGCGCGCGGCUCGCUGGCUCUAGACUGCGCCCCACUACUUCGGCUGGUGGGGCCACCGCCCACGGUCUCCUGGACAGAAGGCCCCAGUUCAGCAGCCCCGGCCCCUGCACGGACGCUGACCAGGGUGCUGAAGGGCGGCUCGGUUCGCAAGCUGCGGCGCGCCAAGCAGCUGGUGCUGGAGCUGGGAGAGGAGGCGAUCCUUGAGGGCUGCGUCGGGCCCCCAGAGGAGGUGACUGCGGGACUGCUCCAGUUCAACCUCAGCGAGCUGUUCAGCUGGUGGAUUCACCAUGGUGAAGGGCGGCUGAGGAUCCGCCUGAUGCCAGAGAAGAAGUCUUCCGAAGUGGGCAGAGAGGGAAGGCUGUCCGCGGCGAUCCGCGCCUCCCAGCCCCGCCUUCUCUUCCAGAUCUUGGGGACCGGUCACAGCUCCUUGGAAUCGCCAACAAGCCUGUCUUCUCCUCCUCCUGAUCCUUUUGCGUGGAAUCUGACAUGGAUAAUGAAAGACUCUUUCCCUUUCCUGUCUCAUCGCAGUCGAUAUGGUCUGGAGUGCAGCUUCGACUUUCCCUGUGAGCUGGAGUACUCCCCACCCCUUCACGACCUUGGCAACCAGAGCUGGUCCUGGCGCCGCGUUCCCUCUGAGGAGGCCUCCCAGAUGGACCUGUUGGAUGGGCCCGACACCGAGCACUCCAAGGAGAUGCCCCGAGGCUCCUUCCUCCUCCUCAACACCUCCGCAAACUCCAAGCACACCAUCCUGAGCCCAUGGAUGAGGAGCAGCAGCGAGCACUGCAGGCUGGCUGUCUCCGUGCACAGGCAUCUACAGCCUUCUGGGAGGUACGUCGCCCAGCUGCUGCCACACAACGAGCCUGGAAGAGAGAUCCUCCUGGUCCCCACUCCGGGAAAGCAUGGAUGGACGGUGCUUCAGGGGAGAAUUGGACGCCCAGAGAAUCCCUUCCGAGUGGCCCUGGAAUACAUCUCGAGUGGAAACCGAAGCUUGUCUGCGGUGGACUUCUUUGCCCUGAAGAACUGCAGUGAAGGAACAUCUCCAGGCUCCAAGAUGGCCUUGCAGAGCUCCUUCACCUGCUGGAACGGGACCGUCCUCCAGCUCGGGCAGGCCUGCGACUUCCACCGGGACUGCGCCCAGGGUGAAGACGAGGGCCAGCUAUGCAGUAAACUCCCUGCUGGUUUUUACUGCAACUUCGAGGAUGGCUUCUGUGGCUGGACCCAGGGCACACUGUCACCUCACAACCCCCGGUGGCAGGUCAGAACCCUGAAGGAUGCCCGGGACCAGGACCAUCGAGGCCAUGCCCUCUUGCUCAGCACCACGGACAGCCCUACUUACGAAAGUGCUACAGUGACCAGCGUCACGUUUCCUGCCCCGAUGAAGAACUCUCCGUGUGAGCUCCGAAUGUCCUGGCUCAUCCGUGGAGUCUUGCAGGGAAAUGUCUCCUUGGUGCUGGUGGAGAACAAAACUGGGAAGGAACAAAGCAGAAUGGUCUGGCAUGUUGCCACCAAUGAAGGCUUGAGCCUGUGGCAGUGGACAGUGCUGCCUCUUCUCGAUGUGACUGACAGGUUCUGGCUGCAGAUGGUUGCUUGGUGGGGACAAGGAUCCAGAGCUACUGUGGCUUUUGACAAUAUCUCCAUCAGCCUGGACUGCUACCUCACCAUCAGUGGGGAGGACAAGAUGCCACAGAAUACGGCACCCAAAUCAAGAAAUCUGUUUGAGAGAAACCCAAGCAAGGAGCCGAAAGCCUGGGAAAAUACAAGAGAGACUCCCAUCUUUGACCCCACAGUUCACUGGCUGUUCACCACGUGCGGGGCCAGUGGGCCCCACGGCCCCACACAGGCCCAGUGUAACAACGCCUACCGGAAUUCCAACCUGAGCGUGGUGGUGGGGAGCGAGGGUCCCCUGAAAGGCAUCCAGACCUGGAAGGUGCCAGCCACCGACACCUACAGCAUCUCAGGCUACGGAGCUGCUGGUGGGAAAGGCGGGAAGAACACCAUGAUGCGGUCCCAUGGAGUGUCUGUGCUGGGCAUCUUCAACCUGGAGAAGGGCGACACUCUGUACAUCCUGGUUGGACAACAGGGGGAAGACGCCUGCCCCAGCACAAACCGACUAAUCCAGAAAGUCUGCAUUGGAGAGAACAACGUGAUAGAAGAAGAAAUUCGUGUGAACAGAAGUGUGCAUGAGUGGGCCGGAGGGGGCGGAGGCGGGGGCGGAGCCACCUACGUGUUUAAGAUGAAGGACGGCGUGCCAGUGCCCCUGAUCAUUGCAGCCGGCGGUGGCGGCAGGGCCUAUGGGGCCAAGACAGACACGUUCCACCCAGAGAGACUGGAGAAUAACUCCUCGGUGCUGGGGCUGAACGGCAACUCCGGAGCCGCAGGUGGCGGAGGUGGCUGGAAUGAUAACACUUCCUUGCUGUGGUCUGGAAAAUCUUUGCUGGAGGGUGCCACCGGAGGACAUUCCUGCCCCCAGGCCAUGAAGAAGUGGGGGUGGGAGACCAGAGGGGGUUUCGGAGGGGGUGGAGGGGGGUGCUCCUCAGGUGGAGGAGGCGGAGGAUAUAUAGGCGGCAACGCGGCCUCAAACAAUGACCCCGAGAUGGACGGGGAGGACGGGGUUUCCUUCAUCAGUCCGCUGGGCACCCUGUACACCCCUGCUCUAAAAGUGAUGGAGGGCCACGGGGAAGUGAAUAUUAAGCAUUAUCUAAACUGCAGCCACUGUGAGGGAGACGAGUGCCACAUGGACCCCGAGAGCCACAAGGUCAUCUGCUUCUGUGACCACGGGACAGUGCUGGCUGAGGAUGGCGUCUCCUGCAUCGUGUCUCCCACCCCAGAGCCCCACCUGCCGCUCUCACUGGUCCUGUCUGUCGUGACCUCCGCCCUCGUGGCCGCCCUGGUCCUGGCUUUCUCAGGCAUCAUGAUUGUGUACCGCCGGAAGCACCAGGAGCUGCAGGCCAUGCAGAUGGAGCUUCAGAGCCCGGAGUACAAGCUGAGCAAACUCCGCACCUCCACCAUCAUGACGGACUACAACCCCAACUACUGCUUUGCUGGCAAGACCUCCUCUAUCAGUGACCUGAAGGAGGUGCCUCGGAAGAACAUCACCCUCAUCCGGGGGCUGGGCCACGGUGCGUUUGGGGAGGUGUAUGAAGGUCAGGUGUCUGGAGCGCCCAGCGACCCGAGCCCCCUGCAAGUGGCCGUAAAGACGCUGCCGGAAGUGUGUUCUGAACAGGACGAACUGGAUUUCCUCAUGGAGGCCCUGAUUAUCAGCAAAUUCAACCACCAGAACAUCGUGCGCUGCAUUGGGGUCAGUCUGCAGGCCCUACCCCGCUUCAUCCUGCUGGAACUCAUGGCAGGAGGAGACCUCAAGUCCUUCCUCCGGGAGACCCGCCCUCGCCCGAACCAGCCCUCCUCCCUGGCCAUGCUGGACCUUCUGCAUGUGGCUCGGGACAUCGCCUGUGGCUGUCAGUAUUUGGAGGAAAAUCACUUCAUCCACCGGGACAUUGCUGCCAGAAACUGCCUCUUGACCUGCCCAGGUCCCGGCAGAGUGGCCAAGAUCGGAGAUUUUGGAAUGGCCCGGGACAUCUACAGAGCCAGCUACUACCGCAAAGGAGGUUGCGCCAUGCUGCCCGUCAAGUGGAUGCCUCCAGAGGCCUUCAUGGAAGGAAUAUUUACUUCCAAAACAGACACAUGGUCCUUUGGAGUGCUGCUGUGGGAGAUAUUUUCUCUUGGAUACAUGCCAUACCCCAGCAAAAGCAACCAGGAAGUUCUGGAGUUCGUUACCAGCGGAGGACGGAUGGACCCCCCUAAGAAUUGUCCUGGGCCCGUAUACCGGAUAAUGACCCAGUGCUGGCAACAUCAGCCUGAAGAUAGGCCCAACUUUGCCAUAAUUUUGGAGAGGAUCGAAUACUGCACCCAGGACCCAGAUGUGAUCAACACUGCUUUGCCCGUAGAGUAUGGGCCGCUCGUGGAAGAGGAGGAGAAGGUGCCCAUGAGGCCCCAAGACCCGGAGGACAUGCCUCCUCUCCUUGUCUCUCCCCCACCAGCCAAACGGGAGGAAGGCCAGGACCCCGCUGGCCCGCCCCCCCGGCCUUCCCCGUCCUCUGGCAAAGCCGUGAAGAAGCCCGCGGCGGCCGAGCUCUCUGUGCGAGUCCCCAGAGGGCCAGCCGUGGAAGGAGGCCACGUGAACAUGGCAUUCUCCCAGUCCAACCCGCCGUCAGAGCUGCACAAAGUCCAGGGAUCCAGAAACAAACCGACCAGCCUCUGGAACCCCACGUACGGCUCGUGGUUUACAGAGAAACCCACCAAAAAGAACAAUCCCCCCGCAAAGGAGGAGCUCCGGGAGAGGGCACACCUGGGGCGCGAGGGAGGCUGUACUGUGCCACCGAACGUGGCAGCUGGCCGACUCCCGGGCGCCUCUCUGCUCCUCGAGCCGUCCUCGCUGACGGCCAGCAUGCAGGACGUGCCCCUGUUCCGGCUGCGUCACUUUCCAUGCGGGAAUGUCAACUACGGCUACCAACAGCAGGGCCUGCCCCUCGAGGCCACCGCUGCCCCUGGCGCCGCUCAUUACGAGGACGCCCUUCUGAAAAGCCAGCCUGGGCCCUGAGUCCCCGCCCGGCC